UAAUACAAUACAGUAGAAAGGGGGCAGGUCUGAAGUCUUACGGACCGCAAAGACACAAAUGCGUAAAGUGUGUCCGUAGCUCCAGGCAAGCAGCGGCUCCGCUGCCUCCGUAUCCCCCACCGUUAGAGCUGCGUAGUUCCUUCAAGGAGGAGACCCUCUGCCGCGGUGCUCCUUAACGGCUCCAGCGUUGCGGUACGGCGGGCUCCGAGGCUCGGGUCCGAGGAGGUGGAAGGGGUGCCUCCGCCGGCAGGACCGCACGCGAAACACGCAGCAGGAGACGCGUCUCCUAACCUUAUUGUCGGCAAAGGGAAGAAGGGCGAGACGGCAUGGCGAAAGAAACGAAAGUCUCUGCCCGCAAACUCAGCGCCACCCACUGGCGGAUGCAGAAUAUUGUGCAGGAGUCCAUGGACAGCUCUGAUGAUGAAUUUUUUGAUGCCAGAGAUGUCCCAGAGGGAAAGAGCGCCAUCCUCCUCGGAAUGAGCCAGUGGAAUUCCAACGACCUGGUGGAGCAGAUCGAAAGCCUGGGCCACAUGGACCCGAGCCAAGAGGCCCUGUACCGUCUGGCCCGGCCCCGCUGUGCCCCCCAGGGCAGCAUUGAUGGUCUGGAGGAUCUAGAGAAGAAAUGCAGGACUCAUGUGCUGCUGCUGGUGAUUCAUGGGGGGAACAUCCUGGACACAGCGGGCGGCAGCCUGGGCUCCAAGGCGGGAGACACGGGCACACUGGCUGCCGUGCUGGAGAGGGUGGCCAGGGCCCACUUCCAGGCGGCCGCGGACCACGUGACGGUCAGGCUGGUGGCGGGGCCAGCCGCCUGCGCCGAGGCCUUCUCUCUGGUCUCACACCUGAACCCGUACAGCUACGACGAGAGCUGUGUCUCCAGCAGUGUGGACCACCUCCCCCUGGCUGCGCUGCCCCUACUGGCCAUUGCCUCGCCCCGCUACCAGGAUGCCGUGGCCACCAUCAUUGCCCGUACCAACCAGAUCUACCAGGCCUUCCUGCAGUCAGCGGAAGGGCAGGGCUUCUCUGGCCAGGUGUGUCUGAUGGCCGACUGCGUAGGGGGGGUCCUGUGCUUCGACGCUCUCUGCUUCAGCAGCCAGCGACCCGGCAGCCCCAGUGACGUCAGCAGGAACAACAGCGUGGAGAGCCUGAAGGACGAGCCCCCGGCACGUGGAGAGCCCAGCUGUAGCCUGAGCACCAGCAAGCGUCUCAGCAAGAGCAACAUCGACAUCUCGGCCCCCGGCAGCAGAGCCCCCCCCAAGAAACCACUGACCCGCAAGCAGAGUGACUCGUACAACAGAGGCGACUCCAGCACCUUCUUUAGCAGUCUCCUGCAGGAGGAUGCCCCUCCACGGCCAAGCAAUAACGGCAGUCUGCUCCUGAGCCCGGGCCACUUUGACUUCCCUGUCUCUGACUGCUUCCUGCUGGGCUGCCCGCUGGGCCUGGUGCUGGCUAUGCGCCGGACUGUGCUGCCCGCUGUCCAAGUGACCCAGCUCCGGCCCGCCUGCUCCCAAAUCUACAACCUCUUUUACCCCUCGGACCCCUCCGCCUCCCGCUUGGAGCCCCUGCUGAGCCCCCGCUUUCACCGGCUGCCCCCCUUCGCCGUGCCCCGUUACCAACGUUACCCGCUGGGGGACGGACGCUCCACACUGAUAGCCGACACCAUCCACAGCCACCCAGAGGUGUUCUCGGAGGAUGGGCCAGGCCUCGGGGGAGAGGAUUCGGGUGGGGGUCCCCGGCGAGGCAGCUUCACCAGUGUUGGCAGCGAAACCUCAGCCUGCUCUAGCGACCGACUGAACGGCACCAUCACUAACAUUUCUAGCACCUGGUGGGGGACCAAGCGCUUGGACUAUGCCCUCUACUGCCCAGAUGUCCUAACAUCCUUCCCUACAGUGGCCCUGCCCCACCUCUUCCACACUUCUUACUGGGAGUCUACGGACGUGGUUGCGUUCGUCCUUCGUCAAGUGAUGCGCUGUGACUGCCUGAAAGCCCAGGAGACCGACUGCUUCGACUCUGCCCCCUUCUCCCCCUCUAGCCCCCGUGAGAAGUGGCUGCGCAGGAGGACUCACGUCAAGCUGCGGAACGUCACCUCCAACCACAGGGUGAAUGAUGUCAUCGCGACCGAGGACGGCCCUCAGAUCCUGGUUGGCCGUUUCAUGUACGGUCCCCUGGACAUGGUGACCCUGACGGGGGAGAAGGUGGACGUGCUCCUGAUGACCCAGCCCCAGUCAGGACGCUGGGUACACUUCGACACAGAGGUGACCAGCAAUAGCGGCAGGGUUACCUACACAAUCCCCAAGGAGAAGAAGCUGGGUGUGGGCGUCUACCCCAUCAGGAUGGUGGUCAAGGGUGACCAGACGUGCGCCGAAGCCUUCCUGACGGUGCUCCCGCGUGGAAUGGAAUGCGUGGUCUUCAGCAUCGACGGCUCUUUCGCAGCCAGCGUCUCAAUCAUGGGCAGUGACCCCAAAGUGCGGCCUGGAGCCGUGGAUGUCGUCAGGCACUGGCAGGACCUGGGCUACCUGAUCCUCUACAUCACGGGCCGACCGGACAUGCAGAAACAGAGGGUGGUCUCCUGGCUGUCCCAACACAACUUCCCUCAGGGGGCUGUUUUCUUCUCCGAGGGGCUGGUGCACGACCCGCUGCGGCAGAAAGCCCUCUUCCUCAGGAACCUGAUGCAGGAGUGUCACAUUAAAAUCGGUGCUGCUUACGGCUCCAUGAAGGACAUCUCCGUGUACAGCAUGCUGGGUCUCAGUCCCGCUCAGAUAUACAUCGUGGGCCGUCCAUCCAAGAAGUGUCAGAACCAGUGUCAGUUCCUGAGUGAGGGCUACGCGGCCCACCUGUCCUUGCUGCAGUUUGGGCACCGGACUCGACCCAAAAAGAGCUCGUCGGUCCGCAUGGUUCUGCGCAAAGGCUCCUUCGGUCUGUCCGCCAAGCCCGAGUUCCUGUGUAAGCGCACGCACCUGCGGCGCACCAUGUCCGUGCAGCAGCCAGACCCCCCCUGCAGCGUUAACCCCAAGCCUGAGCGGGCACAGAGUCAGCCCGAAUCUGACAAGGAUCAUGGCGGGGGCAGCGGCGGGGGGGUGUCGCUCAGCGUCUGGGGCCGGGGCUCCGUGCACCGUGAGGACACGACGCCCUGAGACGGGGGCCAGGGGAUGCAGAGAAAGACGCCAGCAGCACCCCACCCAGGGCCGAGGUAGGCGAGGUCACCUCCACCUGGGCUCACCUCCACCCAGAUCCAUUCCCAUUCACGGUCACCUCCACCCAGAUGCAACCCCAUUCAGUGUCACCUGCACCCUGCAUUGUCUCCACCCGGAAUCACCUCCACUCAGAUUCAUACCCAUUCAGUGUCACCUCCACCCGAGGUCAUUUCCACCCAAAUUUGUACCCCUUCUUUGUCACCUCUAGCCGGAGUGACCUCUAACCAGUGUCAUCUCUACCUGGGGUCGCCUCCACCUAGUGUGACCUUCACCGUGUGUCACCACCACCCAGGGUCACCUCCACCCUCCUGCACAGUAAUUCUUUCAGAGGAACCACCUCACCGUGGCUGCGGAAUCUGUUAAAGGCACAAUCUUUUAGCUGAGUUGCUUGCUGUCGGAUUAUUACAAGCUGCAUACACUGCUGCUGCCCCCCCCCACCCCCCCCCGCAUGUGACAGCCUCUGCAGACGAGACGACAGGCAGUAGCAGGCCGAUGUAUGAUCCCCACCACCGGCGGAGGCACACAGAGCGGAAUUGGGCUGAAUCUGUUUCCUUAUAAAUAUUCAUGGGCGAGUCUCAGAUGCUAUUAUUAGCAACUAGGAAGACUUUUAUUCAAAGCCAGCCCCCCACCCAUUCUCCCAUCGGAGGGCUUUUCCAGAAACACGGAUGCUCAGACGGUUAAUGAAAGGCAUCGCGGGGAAGACAAUUAUCUGCCUCUGUGCUCCGAGCCGCAUCCCUAGAUCCUCGGCCACCCCGUGAAGAUGCAGAGGCUGCCGAUCGGCAUGGCGACGUGUGCCGAGAGGGAGCGGAGUGCGGCUUUGGGGGAUGUCGGCCUGAUCGGGAACGUGGGUCACAUCACUGACGGACAUUUUAUAAUUCCGCUUUUGUCUGUUCUUAUCUUUCUAUGCAGCUCCCGAAAUGUCACCCCAUUUUCCAAGAGACAUGCUGGCUCACCACGCCAUCAGCCUGGGGGGGCGGGGUGGGGGG